CUCCUCGACUUGAUCAGCUAAACCUUGCUGGCAGCAUGAGAGCAGUAUUAUGACUACGGCUUUUUUGAGAAAUACUGCAACCUGGAGUAUCAUGCCUAGCAUUUAAAGUUCUGAAGAGCUUUGACGGAAUUAGAGAGCGCAAUGGGAAAUACUGUGAAAACACCGAGAGCCUCUGAAGAAACAAAUGUGCCAAGCCAAACGGGUCAGGAGAGUGAUUUCCUUGCUGUCCUCUAUGACUAUCCUUCAGCAGACAUAAGCCAACCUAUAUUUCACGUAGGGGAAAAACUGCGUGUGCUAUCAGAUGAAGGAGGCUGGUGGAGAGUCCAUUCCCUUACAACAGGUCGAGAAAACUACAUUCCAGGAAAAUACGUAGCAAAAGUUUACCACGGCUGGUUAUUUGAAGGGCUGGGAAGAGAAAAAGCAGAGGAACUUCUACAGCUACCCAACACCAAGGUUGGCUCCUUCAUGAUCAGAGAGAGUGAAACUAGGAAAGGGUUAUAUUCCUUGUCGGUGAGGCACAGGCAAGUGAAACAUUACAGGAUCUUCCGCCUUCCCAAUAACUGGUAUUACAUCUCUCCACGGCAAACCUUUCAGUGCCUUGAAGACCUUGUGAAUCACUACUCAGAAGUUGCGGAUGGUCUCUGCUGUGUCCUUACAACACCUUGCCUUACCCAGUGCACUAACAACAACAGCGUAAUGAAUCAAGUACCUCCGGUGGUGAUGCGGAAUAAAAACUUCAACUGGAGAAAUAUUCACAGGCUGGAGGUGACUGAAGAUGCUGAAAGCACUCUGGCAGCAAUGGAUGAUUCUUGUCUCAGCUAUGGCCUGAGGGAAAGUAUUGCUUCCUACCUCUCCUUAACAGGGGAUGACAACACUUCUUUUGCAAGUGCCAGAAAGAAGAAAGCCCAAUCUCUUAUAUACACAGGGAGCAAACGAAAGAGUACCCUUCAGUUGCCACCGACAUACUAUGAAGACUAAAUGUAAGACAACCAGGG